UGUUAAGUUAAUGUGACUAGUGCAAUGAAUAGAAAGUGUAAAAAUUGAUUUGGUAUUCAGCUAAAAAAUAUCUUUCUAACCUCGAGAGCUCCAAUCUAUUGAAAAUUAAGAACUUUCAUCAUGAGUUUAGAAAAAAAUUUACGAAAACGAAUGUUUUUAUUGAAGAACCUUACGGAUGAUAUAAAUGAGAAACAGGAUGAUGAUCGCUCUGCUGAAGUAUCAAUUUCUGAUAAUCCACUCAUUGUAAAUGAUAAUCGGUCCUCUGAAAACAUCGAAGCAGCAUCGUGUAAUGUAGAACACCAGUUAAAUGAUUCUGAAUUAUCAAGAGACAAUUCAGAAAACCAUUUGCCGUUGAGUUUGACAAGCGCGGGUGGAGCAACGUCUAGUGGGGAAGCAUUAACCUUUUCUUCACCCUAAGUCAACGAUCAGAAUUUUAACUAGGUGGAAGAUAUUAUAAUCGGAAGGAUAUGAGUGGAACUAUUAAUAUUAUGACAGAGAACGUUGUCGCUACAUUGGAUAAUUGUAAAGUCUCUUAUAGAAAUUCUGUCCGUAUUAUAUCUGCAAUAUCUGAAGCAUUAGAAUUUGAUACCAAUAAACUAAUUUUGAA